UUUGUAAAAAUGGAGAACAAGGAGGAUAUUUUGGACGCUUUAGAUGUGUUUGAAAAGAAGCCGGCCAGUGAAAUUCCGCCACUUCUUGAAGAGUACCUUUGCCUGAUCGCCAGAACUGGUGAAACGCUGUUCCCAUGGUCAAAAUUAAAGCCCCUUUUUAUAAAGAAACUUGACAAGACUAUGUGCAAGUUCUUCGAAGAAGUCCCAACUGAUAGUCUGCCUCCCUAUCCCAAUGUAGAAAAUGUGAAGUUUGAAGACAUGCGGAAACGGAUCCUGCAGUCUGUUGAGGUCUUCACUGGGGUGCCUUUCACUAUCCAGCGGUUAUGUGAACUGGUGACCAAUCCAAAGAAACAUUACAAGAGGACUGACAAGUUCAUGAGAGGAAUUGAAAAGAAUGUAAUUGUUGUCAGCACUGUCGAUCCCUUUGGCAGGAAGGUCAAUAACGAGUCGAAACCUAUGAUCAAUGGCAUGGAUCCCUCACCUAAUAAUUCCUACCAAGAAACUGGAGCAUAUAAUGUCAAUCCAUCGUCACCAUUUGCUCCGCCUUCAUGGUAUGCUCAUUCAACAGCGCCACCACCGAACUGGAAUGUUAAGAUUGACACUACGAAGGUGACAAAUGAGAAUGGCGUCCAGGGUAAUGGUGAUGCUGUUGAGGGUCAUCCAAAGACAGAAUCUGUAGCAGAAGAACGAUCCUCGACCAGUGCAGAGGAGAUGCAGAUGGGGGGUCAACCAACUGACCACCCACAGUCGAGUGUUGCUGAAAUUUUUCAUGAAGGCAGUAAGGCAGUUGGAGAAUCACCUGCUGAAGUUGUUCAGGAAGACCAAAAGCUUACAGAAGAGGGCAAAAAAGUAGUGACUGAGACAUUAGAGAUAAAACCAAGCUUAGAUUUAGAGGCCAAAGAAGUAAUAGGAGCUGAGAUAGAAUUACCAGUUGAAUCAAAUAGUGCAAAUGUACGCAGUGAUGAAAUGAAUAUGGACAUGACAAUGGAAGCAGCAGUAGCCAUGGUAACAGCGGAUGAUAAUUCUAGUUCAUCUUCAAGUGCAGAUUCAGACACUGAUGCUUCCUCCUCUGGUUUUUCGGCCCAAUCUGACCCACAUGAUUCGCCACCUCGUCCUGUGGAGUCAGAUGAAUCUCUGGCAAUUGUACCAUCUCAGGAAGACGUCAUCAGGGCAGAAUCAGCAGCAGCAGUCGCAGGGGAACCUCCGAUAUCAGAAUCUGGAAGCAUUGAUGGUGAAGAUGACGGGCCUCCAAAAAAACGACUCAGGGAAGACAGUCCACCAGCAGAAACAUCUCAGUGCGAAGUUCAGAAAGAAACAAAAGAGCAGCAAUCAGAUCAUGAACUUGAGGUGGCAGUUGAUUUUGCUGAAUCAGGUGUGUCUGAAAUAGCAGAAACGUGUGCUAAAGAAGAAACAAAAAAAACUGAUGAAGUUUUACCUGUUGAUGAUCCAGUGGUACAAAAUGAGUCCGAAGUCGUAACUGAAAUUGUAGUUUCUGAUAAGGUUGAGGAAAGUGUAGUUGACGGAGUUGUCGAUGAGAAAAUUGAAACACAUGUCACGCCUAGUAGUGAGGCAGAUUCGAUUGUGACCGAGGUACAGGUGGAGACAUCUAGUGAAGUUGUAGACGGUCCGUCAGAAACGGUGUCGGCGGAUUCUGAUGUAAAUGUUGAGCAAGAGGGUGUUGUGUCGCAAUCUGAUAUUAAAACGACUUGUUCGGUGGACUCUAUGGAAACGGUGAGCACUGAUUCGGGGUCAGGUGCAGUUGAUAGCAAUACAGACUCUGCUGAAGCAAGUGCUGGGACUGUGUCACCUCUUGCAGCUGAUGAACAUGUUACUUCAUUAGAACAAGACUCUGAAAAAAGCUUGGAAGAGGCAAUGGACCAAAAUUGAUUUUACAUUCAGAUCUCAGUGAUGUGCAUAAUGACAGAAAUCUCCAAAAGUGUUGUUCCCUCAGGGUCAAGGAUUCUGUCUGAGAAAUUGAAAUAUUUUAAAAACGUUUUACUACUAGAUAUACAAAUAUUUGUACUGACUCUGGGUUGUCCAGUUAAAGAAUUAUUGAAUGAAUGAAUGUACCUUGAAUUUUGUUACACAGAGAAAAUACACUGUUUGUAAUUGUUUUUCAUAAAAAUCGUGGCUGCUAUUUACCAGCAGAAAUUUCUCGGGCAGAAGUCUUAGGAUUUAAAUGGUGAAUAUAGAUUUCUGGUUCCACCCUACCCUGUCUGUAUAUGAAAUAAAUGUGUUUUGCUGGUUUGUACCAGUUGAAUUUACACUGCAAUACUCUGGUGACAUUGUUCCAAACAUUGCACAAUUUUUAUCAGAAUCAUAGGCAUAGCCAGGAUUUACAGAUGAGGGGUCAUUUUCUAGGAAAACAAGGGCAAUUCAUGGCGACUGAAAAUGAAUUUCAACUCAAAAGGCUUUUCUGGGUAAAAUGUCAACGAUAUUUGCUACAGUGGAGGUUGUUCGCAUUGCAUCUGGGUCCAGCAAUGUCUUGACAAAAAAACUGCAUAUAGUUUUAAUCACAAUCAUGUCAUUGUAAAUGUUUGAUUUUGUAAUGUGUAAAUUAUUUGAAGUGUGUUUAACCUGCCAUGCAAAUAUUCAUUGAAGUCCAUUUUCUGGGGCUUUUAGUUGCAGCAGAACCUCUCUUUGAGUGGACACCUCUAUUAGCAGGACACCCUUUGUAAUAUCCCUUUUGCUGUGGCAGCAUGGUUGCCAUCAACAGUAUUCGGGUCAGACUAAUAUUUCUAGCAUGCAUUUGGCAUGUUCAAAGAAUUUGAAGCCGAGUGCUGAUAAAUUAUAGUGGGGUAUGGCAUGUUAUCAUGUCAUGGGGACAUGUCAGUGAAAGGGUUAAGGAAACUUAUUGUAGUCUCCAAGUAGACAUGUCUAUUCAACUCUAAAAUCAGGAUACCCCUUUAUUAGGGACACUGUUGUCCUGUCAAAAGAGUUUCUUCAAUAACUAGAGGUUCCACUGUAAAUGUAAUUGUGUGGUUCAUUAAUCUAAUACAAGUUAUCACAUCUUCGUAGGUUCAUCUUGUACAUAUCUUGGAGGUGAAUAAAAUUGUCUCGAGAGAGAUUUUAGAU